ACCUGCGCAAGAGUCGCAUUCCGUUAUCCACCUCGUCGAUUGGCCGCCGACGCCGCUGAGCCUGUGAAGGCUUUGAAACAGUGUAAAAGUUAUUUUAGAAAGUUGGUUGUGUGCAGUGUGUUUAAUUUUCGGGACAACAUGAAAACGGUCUAGGGCAAGAUAAUGUCACAAUUCGCUUGCUUUUUGGCCAUGGCUGGCGCCGCCUCAGCGCAAUUGACGCUGGGUGGUAUCAGGUGUGGCCAGUUGACGUGUCAGCUGGAGGAGUAUUGUUCUUCGGAGACCAACCGUUGUGCGCCAUGCAACGUUGUGUGCAAUAUGACCCAUCAUAACCACGACUCUGGACUGUGUGUUAAGGAAUGUCAAGGAUACUUGCUUGACUUGAGAUAUCAGCGCAGAUCAGAAGACGUUGCGCCCCCUUCAGACAUAUCCAGUGUGCAGCGACAGGCCCAGACCGCUUUGAUAAUAAGCUCUGUCGCCCUCGCCGUAUUCCUGCUGUCCUUGAUCAUUAUCUGCCGGGGAAGACUGUCGUGGCGGUACAUCAAACAGAAGUUACAACCGUCGAAGAAUCGCGUCAAGCAACACCCAUCUGAUCUGACGCAUUACAAUCCGCACACCGAAAUGCCGAAGCCGAAACCCGAGCUCAAAUUGGAAAUCCGAAAUCCCGACCCACCGAAACGAAAUCAACAGCCUCUUAACGUUAAAGACUUAGACGCGAGAACACAGACGGAAAAGAGUCAAGGGGCUACCACUCCGAAAACUAUCAGCACUGCUCUGAGUAACAGACAUCCGGCAGAGGAUACGACCUUGGAUUUUUCAUAUGAUAAUAUAGGGCUGAAUGUAACACCUCCCCAACAAGCUUCCGGUGGCCAUAGAUUCUAAGGUCAGAGAGUUACUUUGAGUAAAACGGGGGAAAGUUUAUGUGCCGUCACAUAAUUUAAUGAAGACCAAUAAUCAACGUAGCAUAGUAGAUAAAAAGUUUUUGUACCCAUUCCCAUUAAUAAAAUAACGUUUAUAUAAAGUUUUUCGACACCGUUUGACCGUAGUUUUUGAUGAUAUUGCAUUUUUCUAACCUUUAAUAUUAGGAACUUAUAUUAGAAUUUUUUCUAUUUCAUAUUUGCACGUGUACCUCUAGGUUUUGAAUUUAUAUUAAGCAUUUUGUUAAACUAUAUAAACUGGAAAAGAUGAACGAAACUAAGAUAUGUACUUAAUACCUUUAUUCAAAGGUAGAAAAGCAAUAUUUAGAAAAUUAUAUAUUAUUUAGAGAUUUAUGAUUCUAGAACAACAAUAAUUUUAAAAUUAUGUUCGCCUAAAAUAAUCUUGUACUUACGGUCUUCGUUAAAAUGAUUUAAAAUAUCAGUAAUAAGUAAGUAAUAUCUUUAAUAUUUAAUUCUAUCUUUCACGUUAGAGUAAGUAAUGAUAUUAAUUAUAGUGCUAUAGAGCCGAAGUGUUUCUUUGUAUAUUUGAAAAAAUAAGCUGUUAAGUGGUCCAUUUAUUACGGAAGGUAUAUAAUAAUCAGUAUCCCAUCACGCCAAGAUUCAAUAGUUAAUGUACGUGAAGGUAUAAAGUUUAUUGUGUAAAAGUAUCUUAAUUAUAGAACCAUGAUUUGUUCGUUUAAGGGUUAGCUUAGAACGAGUAGCGCAUUGCAUAAUUAAUAAAGUAAUAAGAGAUUACAGAGUAACUUCAGCCAUGAGCAUACUUCAACGAAAUUUAAUUUAACACAGUAUUUGAAACUCCAGAUACCUACGCAGCAUUUAAUUAUCCGUGUGGAAAAUGCUCACACGGACGCUUUGCCAAUCUGUGCUAACCCUAAUCAUGCUGUACAUAACACAUUAACGGAAUUACUGUACAUCACAUAGUUCAAUACAUCACAAUACGGAAUCAAUUAACAAAGUACCUGCUUAAAGGUAAUUGAUUGUCAUUGUUAUGAACAAGAAUCACGUAAGGAAAUUGCACAAUGCAUUGCACAAAGGUGUUAUCUUUAUUAAAUAUUAUAAUGACGUAGUUUAAAUUUACUAUAUUACAUAUUAAACCAAUACAUAAAUGAGUUAAUACAUUAUUUAGUAUUUAUAUCGUUGUACACAGUAGAUAAUCGUUAGUAAUAAUCGUAACAAGCUCGAGGAAUUAGUUGAAACUCAAUCUAAGGAGAUUCCUAGGCAUGCAUAAAUCGUUCACAAUAAUGUAUUACCUAAGAGUUAGUAAAACCUUUUUUUCCUAUAGGCACCGCCAAAAUCAUAAGGCAUUCCAUUCAGGUGAGGCAGUGAAAACGGCCAUUAGAGCCAUACUACCGUUAAAAGUUUCUAAAAUCAAUGUACUGCUUCAAAAGAGUAUCAGCUCUUACUGUUAAGUAUUCGUGAUAUCUCACGGAUUUAUACAUAUAGUUUAGACAGUAUUAGUAUCUACUUAAUAAUAUAAGAAAGCUAUUUAUGUUAUGUCCAACAAAAGAAAUGUGGGCAUGUUGUAAAAAA